AUGAAUUUGGCGUUUCUCGCUCCAACAGUCGCGCUUUUGGCCGCGGUUGCCGGCCGCUGUUCUUCCAGCAGCGUGCCGUCAUUCAUCCCGCCGUUCACCGACUGCGCGCAGAGCCGUGGGAAAGACGAUUUCUACCGGGGAGCGAUAGACGUCACCGAGUCCGGCACCCGGUGCAUGAACUGGACCGAAGUGGCCGGCUUCAGGGAGCGCUACCCGGGCAAAGGAAUAGGCGAGCACAAUCACUGUCGCAACCCGGACGGCAGGAUCCGACCCUGGUGCUUUUUCAGGAACCACAGAGGCAGGGUGGACUGGGGGUACUGCGACUGCAAACAAGGGUCAGUGCGUCUGCACGGAGGCCGCUCCAAGCUAGAUGGCAGGGUGGAAGUCUAUCUGGGAGGAGUGUGGGGGUCUGUCUGUAGCGAUGACUGGGGGGAUGAAGACGCUGCAGUGGUUUGCAGACAGCUUGGCAAGGGGAUCUCUGGUCGUGCACGUGCAGUUUCCCUUUUUCGUCCAGGCAUGGCCAAACUCCAUUGGAGGGCGGUGCAUUGCCAGGGAGACGAGCCAGACUUGCUCCAGUGUCCCACGACUACGUGGAACGGAGGGGAGUGCUCUCUGGCUGCAGCUGUUACCUGCACCCAACAGAAAGUAGUGACGCUCCCUAUACGGCUGGUGGGAGGUCGAUCAGGGUCGGAGGGCACAGUAGAGGUCUUCCAUGCAGGGCAGUGGGGUUCCAUAUGUGACGACCAAUGGGACGACAGCGAUGCAGAGGUGGUGUGUCGACAGCUGGGACUGAGCGGUGUAGCAAGGGCAUGGGGCCAGGCACAUUUUGGCAAGGGUUCAGGCCGUGUGUGGCUGGACGAGGUCCGUUGCACAGGCAAUGAGCUCACGCUGGAGCAGUGUCCAAAGAGCACUUGGGGGGAACACAACUGCCAGCACGCCGAGGAUGCAGGAGUAUCCUGCAACCCUCUUACAGAUGGUACUGUUAGGUUGGUAGGGGGUACAGGGAGCCACGAGGGACGUUUAGAAGUCUUCUACCGUGGUCAGUGGGGGACAGUGUGCGAUGACGGCUGGACAGACUCUGCCACACAAGUAGUGUGUCGACAACUUGGUUACAGGUUAGGCGAGACUCUGCCUUGUGAAGGACUAGACAUCACCCCAGUCCCACGCUUUGGGGUGGGGUCAGGUCCCAUUCUUUUGGAUGAUGUGAGCUGCACAGGGAAAGAACCUAGCCUAUUGCUCUGCAACAGGAAGGAGUGGCUCCGUCAUGACUGCACACACCAUGAAGAUGUUAAUAUCGCAUGCAGCCCUGAGCGCAAUGGAGAGAGUCUUCCAACUAGUGUGCCAGUAAGGCUUGUGGGAGGAGAGAGCCCAAGGGAAGGCCGGGUGGAGCUCUAUCUGUCCGGUCAAUGGGGGACCGUGUGUGAUGAUGGAUGGACUGAUCAUGACGCUGAGGUGGUGUGCCGACAGCUCGGCUACAAUGGUGUGGCAAAGGCCCGUGUGAUGGCAUAUUUUGGGGAAGGGACAGGACCCAUCCAUGUGGACAACGUAAAGUGCAGUGGCGAGGAGCGUUCGUUAGCAGACUGCAUCAAACAGGCACCUGGCACACAUAACUGUCGCCACAGUGAGGAUGCUGGGGUUAUCUGUGACUAUGGUGAAUCACAGCCCAGCUACAAAGAGGUCAAAGAUCCUGCCAACUCAAUUUGUGGUCUGCGGCUCAUACACACUCGCCAGCGCCGGAUCAUAGGAGGCGAAAACUCUCUGAGGGGUGGCUGGCCAUGGCAGGCUGCGAUCCGUUUGCGAGGCUCCCGAGGAGAUGGGAGGUUGGUGUGUGGAGCGACUCUCAUCGACUCCUGCUGGGUCCUUACCUCAGCACACUGCUUCAAGAGGUAUGGAAACAGCACCAGGCAGUAUAAAGUCAGAGUGGGCGACUACCACUCCCUCGUCCCUGAGGAGCACGAAGAGGAGUAUGGCGUUGAUCAAAUUAUCCUCCACCCAAGCUACCGCUCCCACAGCAAUGAUUACGACCUGGCCUUGGUACGUCUGUCACCGGGGGCAGUGGGCCAGAUGCCAGGAGAGUGUGUUACAUUCAGCCAUCAUGUCCUUCCCGUCUGUCUGCCCAUUAGGAAAGAGAGAGUAGUCAAACAAGCCAGCAACUGUCAUAUAACCGGCUGGGGUGACACAGGUCGCUCAUACUCCAAGACCCUACAGCAGGCCCCCCUCUCCCUGCUGCCCCGUCGCCUUUGCCAGCAGCAUUUCCACGGCGCCUUCACAAACCGAAUGCUCUGUGCUGGCAGCAUCCAGUCGGAGAGGCGUGUGGACAGUUGCCGUGGUGACAGUGGAGGUCCGCUGGUGUGUGAGCGUCCAGGUGGGGGUUGGGUGGUUUAUGGGGUCACGUCCUGGGGUCACGCCUGCCGGACGCAGCAGUCCCCAGGUGUCUACACCAAAGUCUCUGCCUUCAGGUCCUGGAUAAGCAAGGUGAUUCGACGUGAUGAGAAAAAGCGAUGAAAAGAAAAUGUCAAACUGAAACAACUGACCUUAGGAAGAUCAGAAAGAAUGACUCUCGAGACUUACUCGACUGGUCGGGUGACACCUGAUACAACAAUACCAGUCAUGACUAACCGAUGUCACAAUGUUAUGACCUGAUUAUCCAGUGAUUUCAAACGAAGAGGACAAAAAGGGCAACACUGGACUUCUUUCCCCUGGAAACGUUUUACAUGUUUUUGGCGAGGAGGACAUAUCUCUUCUCUCAUCUCAGUCAUUAGCACUUAUUUUAAUGAUUUAAUAUUCUCAUGAGCUGCAAGACUUUGGAUAGUAUUAAAUCUCAACUCAAGAAAAUGCCCUAACUUAAAUAUAUUUGUGUUGUUUCUUGUGACAUUGCAUACCACACUAUAAUGUUUUUUUUAAUUUCAGGAAUGUUUUCUUUUCUUGCUUUUGUUAUGAGGUUUUAUUGUAAUUGAUGAUAUAAAAUAUGUGAGUUAGAAUGCUGAAAAGGGACCACAUACAUACAAUAUACAAGCAUGCCCUCGUGCAUACAAAGUAAGUAAUGGUAUGGUACGAAUUUGCAGACUUGCACAGAGAACCCUCAUUAGGUACUUAAUGCAUGAUAUUCAGUGCUUUUGUGUUUAGCACUCUAGUCAUAUUGACAUUUGCCAAAGUGAAUUAUGUCUUUACACCUCACUUCGUUCUUGUAAUGUAAAGUUUCUCUAUUAUGCUCUUUGUUUUACUUUGUGUAAAAAACAGAUUUCAGGUCUUAGUAAUUACUCAGGCAUUUAUAAUUUAUAUCCAAUCAGUAUAUGUCCUUGUCACAGUGCUGUUUAACAUUUGCAGAGAAAGGAACAGACGGAAGUGUUCCUGAAUCAAAGCACACAACAGUAUUAGUUAGUCUUGAUUUGUUAUGUUGACACAAUGAAUUCAUGUUCUUUUGUCCUGAUGGGAUUGUUCAGUGUCGUCAUGGUUUUUACUACACUGAGGGAAGACAAUCUGGUACACUUGAAAAACAAAAACAGACACCACACUGCCUUCUCAUUUGGUUUUUACUGACUGUGUGCUAUGUUUUAAUGUACUGUAACAUUUCUUCAUAAACUA